UAGAGGCGCGCAUGGAGCGAGCGGGGAGUAACGGGAGCUGCCCGGGCUGCCGGCUGGAGGAAGGUCCGUCGGUGCGGGCCGCUACCGCCCUGGCGGCCGUGCUUAUCUUCACCAUCGUGGUGGACGUGCUGGGCAACGCGCUCGUCAUCCUCUCGGUGCUGAGGAAUAAGAAGCUCCGGAACGCCGGCAACAUCUUUGUCGUCAGUUUGUCUGUCGCAGACCUUGUAGUUGCGGUUUAUCCAUACCCUCUGAUCCUGAGUGCCAUUUUCCAUAAUGGAUGGACCAUGGGAAAUGUUCAUUGCCAGAUAAGUGGGUUCCUGAUGGGCUUAAGUGUCAUCGGGUCCAUUUUCAACAUCACGGCGAUUGCAAUCAACCGCUACUGCUACAUCUGCCACAGCCUUCGGUAUGACAAGCUCUUCAACCUGAAGAACACCUGCUGCUAUCUUUGCUUGACCUGGACACUCACAGUGGUGGCAAUUGUGCCAAACUUCUUCGUUGGCUCCUUGCAGUACGACCCCCGGAUUUACUCCUGCACCUUUGCCCAGACGCUGGUGUUGCUGGGCCCCUCACUGAAGGAAGGAGUCUGCUUCUCACGCAAGGAAGGAGUCUGCUACCUUUCAUGCUUAGCUUAUGGCUGCGACAUCAAGGCUUUGACUUCAUUGUGAAUUCAUCUCCUUAUGGUUUUAAAUGUGCGGAUCCUGCUUUGAAACAGUCCUAUAAAAUCAACAGGUAAAACUCCCCUGGUGCAACUCUACCUUCAAGCUAGCAAAGCUGGCUUGAUGCUGGUGUACCGAGAGGCACAGCGGGAGCUGUAUGGUGGAGAGGAGCAGGUCUGAGCCCCAUGGGUCUAAUCAGGACAGCAGUCAGCCCCACGCCUGAUCAAAGAGUGCAGUCUUCUCUCUUUGGUCAUAGCCAAAGCAGGACUAGUUCCCAGGGCUGAACCCUGAAACACUGAGAACCAGACUUUGCAAUAGCAUGUAGGUGCCCAGAGAUGGAGGUACGUAGGAUUUACAAAAACCCUGAGCAGGCUAAGUGCCUAACCCUUAGUGAAGUUAACAAGCCAUUUGUGCAUUGCUUGCUGAAAGCAACUUGUUGCUGAAUGUCCCUUCUGCUGAUUUUUGGGGAGAAGAGGAGCUGAGAGAAAUUAAAUCCCUUUAUGAAGUGGGCCAAGAAACAUUGCGUGGUGCAUUGCUUCAGUGAAGACUGCAGUAUGGGUGCUGCCACAUGGUGAAGGUUGCUGCAAUGCAAGGGCGGUCUCUGCAUUUGUAGGGCACCCUGGCACUUCAUGAAGUUUCAAACUUGAACAUCUCAGCCACUUCAGAUUAUUAUUGUUUUAAAAUGCACCGCAGCCAGCCUCCCAUAAUAGGAAUCAAACUGAGCUUUGUUUUGGCCUCUUGAUCUGCCUGAGCAUGGCCAAAUAAAGGUAUCUUGACCCUUAGAAGUAAUGAUGUGGUCCGUUUGCCUUCCAGCAAAACCAGUCUGGAUGAAUUCACACCAUUCCAUGCAAGCAAAAUCAUUUUGAGUGAAACUCGGAUAAGAAAAGCACCAAGGAAUCCAUAACUGCAGGGAGUGUUUGUCCCGUCGCGCCAAGGAGAUGUCCCGUGUUCUGUGACUAGUCUUCAAAGUCAUUUGCAAUUAGCCACAACAGUGUUAGAAUCACAUUAGCAAAUAAUUUUAAGCAUCUACCGGCAAGCCAAAUACAGUCUUUUAAGACAAUCAUGAAGAAUCUUGUACAGGUUUGCCAAAUAUCUCAAAUACCCCACAACUGGGGUUUUACCUUACGGAUCCUUGUCUUUUUAACUGAAUGUUCAGUGAAGGCAGUGUGGUAUUUUUUUUCUUUAAGCUUGUAUUUGCACUAUUUCUUAUUCAGGCUCCAAAGUAACAACCAGCGAGCAUUUGAACCAAACCAAGUAAGCCAAAGAGGUCCUGAACAGGCAAGCUGUGGGAGUCUCUGCUAGCACCUGGUAGAAGGGGAGCAGCGGAAGCAUGAUAGGGCAUCUCCCCGGGACUCGCAGAGAGCCACUGCUGAACCAAACUAUGCAAAGUGAUAGGGGGAUCUGCUCGUUUUCUGCUGUAGGGUCUGAGCCCGACUCCUGCCCAGGACUUUGCAGGGAACAGGCUAAGUACCUGCUGCACGGAGGUGGGUCCUGAGCAGCUCCCUGCAUGUGCAGACCCUGCCACCACCCCACAGAGUGGGGAUGGGUCUGUGAUCAGCACCGUCCAUCUAACAGCAGAGAGCUUGCCCUAGCACGACCCGCUCCGAAGUGCUUUGGCUGUCCCAGUGUAAGUGAGGACUGCCCAAGAGUGAGCCUGGAGCUGGGCUGAUUCAGCUGCCACGGUUGGAGUCCUGAGCUCAGUCUUGCUGGAGCUGAAGUCUGCCAUAUGAGACAUGAAAAGCAGGGAACAUGGCUUCAAACAGAAAACACUGUGCCAUUUGCUAGCACUUUGAUACAGAGAUAGUACUUAGGAUAGGAUAGAUUUUUAUACUGACUUAUUUUAAAACUACCCAAGCAGCUCUUAUUUUUAUGUUAAGAAAUGGUUAACAGGGUACAGAAAGUUUAUUUUAUUAACACUUGUUUACAGAAAAAGGGAAGUGUAUCUUAAACUGGGAAUCCUGAGCAGUGUCAGAGUUUCCUUGUGGGAAUCUAGCUUUAAUCCAAAUUCGAGCUUUCAAGGAGAUCCCACAGCUUAAAUCAUGCUCUGCUGAUUCCACCUAUUGCAUACCUGGCCUUAAGUCUCAGAAAUGAUAUCGAGAUCUCCUAUAAACUAGCUUUAAAUCACUUGCUCUGGAUUUGAUCUGGUGCUGUUGAAUACCUAUUCUAGCCCCAAACUCUAAAAUUGUCAUGGGGGACAGAAACUUAUGGAGAGGCAGUAUUGUCAUGAAGGAAGGUGAAUCUCCUGCCACAAAGAAAUACUUUUGGAUGUUGCUGAUGAAUGUUGUUUAUUCUAUUUAAGAAGAAUGUAACCAAUAUAUUUAUAUAUAAAUAUAUAUUGCAUAUGCUGUUUCCAUUUUAUCAUUUGAUUAAGAAUCCUUCAGUAUCCUUUCCUAUUGCUAUUUUUGUUCAUAAAGUAGAUUCAUUCCCUUUACCUGUUAAAACUGUAAUAAAUCUGCCAUUGGACUGCU